CUCGCUAAAUCAUUUGUAAAAUCUCGAGCAAGAGAAUAAAAUAUUCAAAAUAUCUAUAUUUAGUGGCAUUAAAUAAUUGUGGUGAAUCUAAAACAAUAUUGUAAUUGUAUGAAUUGAAGUUACAAUGUCUGAACGUAUGAGAAAAUUGUCUAAAACCAGUUCAGUAGACACAAUGGGUUAUGUCGCUAUUUUAAAAAGCAAAGACAUCAAAAUUAUAUUAAGCACUUCCAUAUUUACAAUUGGCAGAGACCUCAAAAACCACCAUGUGAUCCCCGACAUCACAAUAUCAGACUUCCAUUGCAGAUUCAUUUAUGAUCGCUUGAAGAAUUCAUGGUUCCUGAUUGACAGAAGCAUCGGAGGCACUUUUUUAAAUGAUAAGAAAAUGUUUAAACACGAAUUGUGUUCCGUCAAGAGUGGUGACAAGAUUCGAAUUGGCAGUACACGAAGACAUGUAUACAAGUUUUUGUUGUUACAAAAAUAAAUGGAUGGAGAUAAGAUCGGUGGUCUCACUGCUAUUGUGCCAAAUGUAAAAAAUUACUUAUUUUAGGUGACGAUUUUAAAAAUAUAUACAUACAUUUAUUUUAACAAUUAAUUUUUAAACUGACAUUGAAUUUGUAAAUAUGAUAGCAUUAAUAUUAUUAAUAA